AUGGAAACAGAAAUUUUAAUUAAAUCACCGAAAAAUGUUCAUCUCUCGGGCAAAUUGAAGACCUUUGAUGAUCAAGAAAUUUCUGGUAGCGAUCAAGUGUAUUAUGACAAACAACAAGAUGUUUGGAGAUGUCGAUUUGCACCGCCACGAAAUGGAAAAUAUAAGAUUUUAAUUUAUGCUAAAAAAAUAACUGAUACUGGUACAUAUCCGAAUGUUUUAGAAUUUGAAGUUGUAGCCACAAAUUUGACAUUGCCCAUCUCCUAUCCAAAGGUGCGGCAACUCUUUUUUGAUUAUGAAAUGCAAAUAAUUCAACCGACAAAUCAGUAUGCAAUCAAGAGUUCUGUUCAAACAGAAGUGCUAAUUCGAGCAGCGAAAAAUAUUGAAUUAAUAGGCACACUAACAACAUUAGAUGAGGAAAAGAUCCCUGGUAGCGAUCAAGUGUAUUAUAACAAACACCAAGAUGUUUGGAGAUGUCGAUUUGCACCGCCACGAAAUGGAAAAUAUAAGAUUUUAAUUUAUGCUAAAAAAAUAACUGAUACUGGUACAUAUCCGAAUGUUUUAGAAUUUGAAGUUGUAGCCACAAAUUUGACAUUGCCCAUCUCCUAUCCAAAGGUGCGGCAACUCUUUUUUGAUUAUGAAAUGCAAAUAAUUCAACCGACAAAUCAGUAUGCAAUCAAGAGUUCUGUUCAAACAGAAGUGCUAAUUCGAGCAGCGAAAAAUAUUGAAUUAAUAGGCACACUAACAACAUUAGAUGAGGAAAAGAUCCCUGGUAGCGAUCAAGUGUAUUAUAACAAACACCAAGAUGUUUGGAGAUGUCGAUUUGCACCGCCACGAAAUGGAAAAUAUAAGAUUUUAAUUUAUGCUAGAAAGAUAACUGAUACUGGUACAUAUCCGAAUGUUUUAGAGUUUGAGCUCCUUGCUGAUAAUGUGACAUUACCCAUCUCUUAUCCAAAGACGUGGCAAAGUUUUUACGAUUAUCAAAUGGAAAUUAUUGCACCAAAUAAUAGUCGUUACAGCGUGUGGCCAACAAACGGCUCUUAUUCUGAAAUAUUGCUAGGUGCACCCGGAAAUAUUGAAUUAUCUUCUGACAUCAAACAAGGCGAUCAAAAAUUAGAUAAUGGUAGUUUAAUACAAUAUGAUUCCACAAAAAAUUUGUAUCAGUGUUUAUUUGCUCCACGUAAUGUAGGUGAACAUAAACUGACGAUUUAUGCAAAACCAAGUAGCGAUACAUCAGCGUCACGUUUAUCAGCUGUUGAAUUUGACUUAAAGGUGACUAAUUUAAAACGUCCAAUUAUGUUUCCACUGAUUUAUACCCAAUUUAAUGUUGAUAAAUGUAGAAUAUUUGAACCAUUGAAUGGUGUUCUAAAACAAGGAUCAAAUGUUCUGAUUCAUUGUCAAAUACCAGAUGCUCAAACUGUUAAAUUACUUGUUGAUAAAAAAUGGAAAACUGUGGAUAGUUAUGAAAAUAACAUUUUAAAACAUCAGUUAAAAUUGACAAAUGAGCAACAACAAGCAAAGUGUGGCUAUAUUGUGUUAAUCUUGAUCAUAUAUUGGGCCACCGAAUGUCAACCACUACCAGUCACAUCUGUUUUGCCUCUAUUUUUAUUUCCAAUGGCUGGCAUCAUCAAAAGUUCAGAGGUAGCUCUAAAUUAUUUUCAGGCAAAAACAGAAAUGGCUGCAAAUAAUCAUCCAUGUAUUAAUAUAAACCAACUUGAAUUAGAUGAGUUAAUUAUUAGUGGUCAAAUAAUUUUUGGUUUUUUUCAAGGUUUUUUGUUAGCAACAGCAUAUAGUGCAUCGAUUGGUGGAUUAGCAACAUUAGUUGGCUCUGCGACAAAUAUAAUUGCUAAAGAAUUUGUGGAUGAACUUUUUCAAUGUCGACCUAAUACUGUCGUACAUGAAGCACAGAAACAAGUUCAAAUGGCAUUGAAAAUACAAUACAAACAACUUGGACGUGUCAGUUGGAGUGAGGGAACAAUUGGUUUUCUAUUUAUAAUUCUCUUGUUACUAUUGAUCACUCGGGAUUUCGGUGAAACUCGCGGUUGGAAUGCCAUAUUUCGUCUAAAUUAUGUAACAGAUGGCACAAUUGCAAUAUUGAUCGGCAUUUUACCGUUAAUUUGGCCCUCUACGUCACCAUUCAAAAGAAAUUGGAAAUAUAAACCGAUUCUUACUUGGACUGAAUUAUCUUCAAAUUUGCCAUGGGGAACUCUUCUUUUGUUAGGAGCUGGCCUAGCAAUAGCGGAGGCGUUUCAGAAGUUGCUAGCAACAUUUCAACUGUUAGCAUAUUUUUUCCUGUUCUUGACAUUGUGGUAUGCACGUACAGCAAAUAUUCAUCCAGCAUAUGUCAUUCUACCUUGUACUUUAUCAGUUUCACUAGCAUUUGUGUUUCCAACCUCAUCAAAUCCUAAUUCUGUGGUCUUUGCAAGUGGAACGCUCCAUGUGUGGGAUAUGAUGAAAGCAGGGAUUUCUCCCACGGCGGUCUUGAUAUUGAGUAGAAAGUUAUUAAUCAUCCGAAAAAAUUACAGAAAAUAUAAAAAUCUUAGUUAUACAGAAAAAAAAUCACGUAUGAUCACAAAAGCAUGGGUAUAG